AUGGCGCGGCUCCAAGGUUCCUACGGCCAAGCCUUCCAGUUCCGCCCGGUCAGCAUCUGGCCGCCUCUUGUCCGGAGCGCAGCCCGUCUGGCGCAAAGCCAAUCCGCCCGGGACAGGAUCGCGGAGCUCCGCUUCCUUCCCGGGCGGAUUUCAUCUCCGCCCUCCGGCUCCCAAGGGCGCCGAGCGCGCCUCGCUCAACGGAGCGGCCGAGUUCCGCGGAGACAGCGCGCAAGCGAGGGCUCUGCUCGCCACCACCUCUCUGGGUCUGGCUCCUUAGCUGGGGACCUAGGCCGCGAAAAGGCGAGGCCUCCCGACCUCGGGGUACAGGCGCUCCGCCAAACGCUGGAAGCGCUGGAAGCGGUCUUUGCCCAGACUCACUAUCCAGACGUCUUCACGAGGGAAGAGCUGGCCAUGAAGAUCAACCUGACAGAGGCCCGCGUGCAGGUCUGGUUCCAGAACAGAAGAGCUAAAUGGAGAAAAACAGAGAGAGGAUCUUCUGAUCAGGAAGGUUCUAAGGAGACAGUGGCAGAAGUGACACCCCCUGGAAGAAAUUUAAACUCUCCCUCCCCCGCUGAUCAACCUAGGAAUAAGAAGGAGAGCCUGGAGAUUCAACAGAGCCUCAGCAGAGCAGUUGGUCCUUCUGGCUCCUUCUUCCCUUCCUGUCUACCAGGGACCCUCCUCAAUACAGCGACGUACGCCCAAGCCUUGUCACAAGUAGCAUCUCUCAAAG